UAUGAAAUAAUAUAUGCUGCAUAUGGAAUAAUAUACAAUAUAUAUCAAUAUGAGAUUUGCUCCUCAGAUUAGAGAAUUACAUAUAGAUAUAUAGUGUACAUUCAACAGAAAAAAAAUCCUAUAUUCUUAUAAACUUGUUCAUGUCCUUUGUUUAGGAUACUUUGCUUAGGCAAAUAAAAUGUGAAAAUAAAAACCUUGUCGGCUGCAUUUUGUGAUGCUAGAAGCAACAUGUUCUCAAAGGGACUCUUAUUCUGUGAAUUACUGAUAAGGCUUAUAUAGUAUCACAUAUGUAUGUAUGUAUGUAUGUAUAUACACAUGUAUAUGUACUAUUCAUACAUCUCUUUGUACAAUUUCAGCUCCCAGACUGUUUGUGCUUUCACGUAAAACGCACAAUAUGGUUAGAAAAUGGAACCGCCAUUAAAAGACGGGACCACGUCAUUUUCCCAGAGUUCCUGACCAUGGAUCCAUACACCUACACUACCUCUAUUACAGCACAGGUACAACAGGACAGUUUGCGGGAUAGCUCUGAUCACAGCCAUUCCACUUCUGAGAGAAAUGGUGGAUCAAACCUAUCGUCAGAUUGGUCUGCAAAUAAUUAUGAUCACCAAUCUCUUUCCAUCUUGAGUAAACACGCAACCUCCAGUCAACUAGAACCCAGCUCAUUUGUGCAUGUCUCAAGAGUGCGGUGUGAACAGCUGUACAGACUGAAGGCAGUUAUUGUUCAUGUUGGAGAUGUCUUCUGUGGACAUUUUGUGACAUACCGUCGAGGAGCGAUAGGUUCACGCACGAGGAACAGGUGGUUCUACGCAUCAGAUCUCUUAGUGAGGGAAGCAACUUUAGAAGAAGUGAAGAAAGCUCACAUCUACAUGAUACUCUAUGAGAAAGUAACACAGUAACUACUGAUGCACCCAGAAGAGCAUUAUGGUAUAUAUAGAAGUUGGAAGAAGAAAAAAAAAAAGAGAAGACAUUUUACCAACUUUGCUUUGCCUGAAGAAAAUUGAAUGAUGUGAUAUACUACAGGCCGUUAAAGGUCAAACUCUUCAAAGUUCUUCCAGUUUUUUGCUUGGGAUGUUUUUAACAAAUGUGUAUUUUAGCUUUAUUUAUAUAUUACUAGAUCAAUAAGAUUGGCAAUGAUCAAGAAGUAUAUUUAAUUUUAUACUUGCAUAGCAAAACAUCUUUUAUAUUAUUGUAAUGAAGAUAUAAAAUAUUUUAGUAAUGAUAAUGCAUAUUAAACAAGAAAAUGCUGGUAGAUUUAAGAAAGAUAUAUGAAAUCACUUCAUUGGCAGAAGUGUAUAAAUAAAAAAAUGUAUCUCAUAUGCCAUACUUUUUCCCUUUUGGCCUCCAAAGCUUCAAGUUAUUUUAUGAUAAGCUCAUAUGGGAGUUCAGCAAUAUCUGAGAAUCACAAGAGAAACUAGAUUUGAUAUCAACACUUUGAAUGUAUUAUAAGUAUUAAUCAAAAUAGCCAUCAAUAACAAUUGCAGCAAGGACCACUGUAUGUUCAUAUUAAUAUUUAGAGAUCUGUAUUGAUCUGCUGAUAUAAAGGACUAUACAGA